AGCCCAGUCAUUCCCCUCGCACGGCACCAUCGCCUUCGUCCUCGCAAAUCCCAUUUCGGAUCGGAAAGAAGAAGAAUCGGAGCCAUGGUGAAGAGCUACCCGGCGGUCAGCGACGAGUACCAGAAGGCCGUCGAGAAGGUCAAGCGCAAGCUCCGUGGCCUCAUCGCCGAGAAGAACUGCGCCCCGCUCAUGCUCCGCCUCGCCUGGCACUCCGCGGGCACCUUCGAUGUGGCCACCAAGACCGGGGGCCCCUUCGGCACCAUGAAGAACCCCGCCGAGCAGGCGCACGGCGCCAACGCCGGCCUCCACAUCGCCGUCGGGCUGCUCGAGCCCAUCAAGGAGCAGUUCCCCAUCCUCUCCUACGCAGACUUCUACCAGCUUGCUGGAGUCGUGGCCGUUGAGGUGACCGGCGGGCCUGAGGUCCCCUUCCACCCAGGGAGGCAGGACAAGCCUGAGCCUCCACCAGAAGGCCGCCUUCCUGAUGCCACCCAAGGUUCUGACCACCUCAGGCAGGUCUUCGCCACACAGAUGGGUUUGAGCGACCAGGACAUUGUGGCACUUUCUGGUGGUCACACCCUGGGAAGAUGCCACAAGGACAGGUCUGGCUUCGAGGGAGCCUGGACUUCCAACCCUCUGAUCUUUGACAACUCUUACUUCAAGGAGCUUCUGAGCGGUGAGAAGGAAGGCCUUCUGCAGCUGCCGAGUGACAAAGCCCUUCUGUCUGACCCAUCCUUCCGCCCACUUGUUGACAAAUAUGCUGCAGAUGAGGAUGCUUUCUUUGCUGAUUACGCUGAGGCCCACCUGAAGCUCUCUGAAUUGGGUAAUGUAUGCGUUUUUGUGGUUCCAGAUUUGCCGAGGCGUAAGUGCUUCUAGAGCGGGUGAAGAUUGUUGCCGAGCCGAUUUGUCUUGUGGGUGGGGAGGGGGUGAUGUUUUGCGCCUUUAAAAGACCCAACCAUAAGGAACAAGAAGAGUGUGACGGCCGUAAUAAGCAUUUGUCGGCCUGAUCUGAGGCCAUCUUUUGUGUUUCUAUUUCGAUGGAACGGUUCGAGUAAUGUGUUUCCUUUCCGGUUGUUGAUGCCUUGUGAACUUGUGUGUAAUUCCAUGCCAUGGAUCCUUCCUUCCUUAGUUGGUCUUUAUCUAUCUAUCUAAGAUGAAUGGAUUUGAUGGGCUGGAACA